AUGGGAAAUAUGACAUAGGCUUUUAGUGAAUCCAAGUUUUUAAAUGAAACUCAAUUAAAUUAAAUUAAUGAAAAUAAUAACAAAAAUGAUUUACAUUUUGGAGAUGUAUUAUCAAAUUUCGAAGCUGAACAUUUAAUAGAAAAAUUAAGAAUAAUUAAUAUAGAAGAAUAUGGUAGCAAUGAAUGGUUUAAAUAAGACGAAAUAUACUAAAGAUUAAAUAUGCAAGCACAUGUUAAUGCAUUAAUGAAAAGCGACGAAUUUAUAAUGGAUACAAUGGUAACAUUCGAUAAAUUAAAAAUAUUAAUAUUUGAUUUAGUCUAAACUGAAUUAUGGAAAUAAAAAGUUCUUCCUUUAAUAAAAAAUCAUUUAUUAAUAACAAACACAUACAGAAAUUAUAUUGCAAUAUACCACGAAUCAGUAAUUUGUAAUUUAUUAGAAGUAGUUAUGUAUCAUAGAACUGCCAUAGAUUCUGCUGAAGAAUAUUUGGUUGAACUAAUAGAUUAUUGUUAUAGAAAACUUUUAAAUUUAGCGAAUUAUUAAAAGAAGAAAAUUACAAAAAAAUCCGUUGAAGAAAUGCUCGCAAAAACUCGAGAAUAAGAAUUCAAUGAAUAAAUCGAAGAUAUUGAAUUCAAAAUAGGAAUGAUGUGUAUUUCUAUUAUUAGAUUUAUUACUGAUUAUGUUUAGUAUUUACCCAUAGGAACUCUACAUCAUCUACUUGAAGUUACUGACAUUUUAUGCGUAUUUGUACCUUUGAUAGAAAAUAAGCCUUGGUUAAGGCAAAAUCAUAAUGAUGAAAGGGAAAAAUAUGAAAAUAGUAAGUGGGUUAUUGUUGAAAAAAAUGAAUAUAGUAAAAUUAUAAAAAUAGAAGCUAAUGUAUGGAUUGCUAUUUAUAAUUUAUUUAUGAGCGCAGAUUGUAGAAAAAAAUAUGAAUUAAAUGAAUUUAGAAAAUCUAAUUUAUUAAGAUUAAGAAAAUAUAUGAAUGAAAUUCUCAUGGAUUAAAUUCCUAAUUUAUCUCAUAUGUUAAGAUCAUUAGAAGAAUUAUCUAUAAUACAAGUCUAAUCUAUAGCUUAAAAUAAUCCAUUUAUUGUUUAGUAAAUUCCGGAAAUAAGAGAAAAAAUAUCAAAAGGAAAAAACUGGAAGGAUAUUGCUGAAAAAUAAAAAUAAUAAUACUUCAUUUAUGAUAUAGAAUAAGCUAAAGAAGACAUGAAAAGACUAGCUGAUCUUUACGGAUAAAAUAUUGUCGAGGGACUCUUAGAAGGCUUUAAAUGUGAGCAAUGUAAAAAGAUGCUACUAAAAGAUGUUCUGCAUGUAAAAGUGUUUGGUAUUGUACAAGAGAAUGUUAAUUAUUAAUAAAAUUAAGAAGUAGAGAAAGUUUACAAAGUUCAAGAAAUUUUUUAAUAAAAAGAAGAUUUAAACGAUUUAGAUUGA